AUCUUUAUCACCUCAUACCUAACUUGCAUAAAACCUCAACUCGCAUGUGGCUUGUCUUGCUGUUGUCUGUCGUUGCUGAAGUCGCGGCUCCGUGUCACGCAUUUACAUCUUAAAUGAAUGGCCAUCUGUCACUUUGUCGCUCACUAGCGUGAACGUAUCUUUAAUAUAGCCAAGCUGCCUAUCUGCAUGUUUUUGGACAGUGGGAGGAAACCAGAGAACCCGUAGGAAACCCAUAUGCAAACACUGGAAGAACUGCUCUGCCUGAGUAACCCAAGCUCAGGAUAUAACCCAGGUCCUGUGAGGUGACCGUGCUACCCAUAAUAAUAAUAAUAAUAAUAAUAAUAAUAAUAUAGUCCUUAGCAAUACCCUUUGGUACAGUUGAUUGUAUGCCUAAUAGGAGUAGCACAAUAGUAAUUAUGUCAAGUAAAAUAUCCCUUAUAAUUUAAUAAGGCCAUUUUUUUUUUUUAAAAAAAAGGGAAUAUUUGAGGAUUACUGAAUGACCUUUUCUUUACUUAGUGAUUUUAUGUAUUUUGGCCUUCUUAACCAACUCUGUGGAAAAGCUGUCCGUUUUGUGCACUUUAUAGACGUUCCCUUAAUGUCUCCCUUACAAUUUAAGCGUCAUUUCUAAAUCAUUAUCUUCACAAAACAGUUUUACAGACAGCAGCAUGCUCUUCACCCUCUUCAGCGUGAAAAUGUAAGUCUCUGAGCAUGUUUUGGACGUUUAUUUAUUAGAGUAAUAGGAGAGAGGAGCUCGGGACAGGUUGUACUGUCUAACCAACUUCAACGCGGUGCAGUUUGUGUGGUUUAAAAUGGAGCGUUUGUGUGGACCUCAGUGUACUACAACAUGUCUAGAUAGUGAAAUUCACUCCAAAGGAAGCAGUUAUGGUUUAAAAAGAAGAAGAAGAAGCUCUUGUAGCUUGUAUGACUUGUGUAGUUAAUGAGGCGUAGUGAUUUACAGUGAGGUUGCACCACCUGUUUUAGCAACGAAGCUACCUGUGAGAAAGCCGGACUGUUUACGGAAGUGCUCCAUCCUUCAGCGGGAAUAUCGCGGGAACAGCUUCAGAAGAACAGUAUGGAGAGAUUCUUUUUGAAGUAAAUAUAUGUGUGUCACUUUUUUAAAGACUGUUGUAAAAAUAAAAAUUGAAUAGGAAAGUAUCGGUAGGACUGGCUCGGUACAGUACCUUAACAUAAGUAGAGAUGUUAGAGAAAUGGGGGAUGGUUCCCUGGUCACAUUGGUGGACGACAUGCACAGGGACAACAUGACCAACAUGAGAGACAACAUGACCAACAUGACCACCAUGAGGGACAACAUGACCAACAUGACCACCAUGAGGGACAACAUGACCAACAUGAGAGACAACAUAAGAGACAACAUGACCAACAUGACCACCAUGAGGGACAACAUGACCGACGUGAGAGACAACAUGACCAACAUGACCACCAUGAGGGACAGCAUGACCAACAUGACCACCAUGAGGGACAACAUGACCAACAUGACCACCAUGAGAGACAACAUGACCAACAUGACCACCAUGAGGGACAGCAUGACCAACAUGACCACCAUGAGAGACAACAUGACCAACAUGACCACCAUGAGAGACAACAUGACCAACAUGACCACCAUGAGGGACAGCAUGACCAACAUGACCACCAUGAGGGACAGCAUGACCAACAUGACCACCAUGAGGGACAACAUGACCAACAUGAGGGACAGCAUGACCAACCUGACCACCAUGAGGGACAGCAUGACCAACAUGACCACCAUGAGGGACAACAUGACCAACAUGACCACCAUGAGGGACAGCAUGACCAACAUGAGGGACAGCAUGACCAACCUGACCACCAUGAGGGACAACAUGAACAACAUGACCAACAUGCCCACCGUGAGGGACAACAUGCCCACCAUGAGGGACAGCAUGCCCACCGUGAGGGACAUGGACAGGUCUGGAGGGGUGCUUGCUAAAGCCUUGUACGACUACCAGGGCAAUGGACCCGGAGAGCUCACCAUGAAAUCGGGCGACAUGGUCGGCCUGCGCUGGAGAGUGGAUGACAAUUGGUGUUAUGGUGAUAUUAAAGGGAACAGCGGGCUCAUACCCACCGGCAUGGUGCAGGUCCUGGGCGAGCAAACGCAGCCUGCGCCUUUGUGCCGCGCUCUCUACGACUUCGACCUGCACAGGCUGGAUCCAGAAGACAGGAAGGAGUGUCUGGCCUUCAUGAAGGGAGACGUCAUCACUGUCAUUAAGCGAGUGGAUGAGAACUGGGGUGAAGGGAAGUUGGGAGACAAGGUCGGAAUCUUUCCCUUACAGUUUACAGAGCCAAAUCCAACUGCGUUCAAACUCCUGGCGAGUGCGAAGGCGAGUGAUUUGGCAGAAAUUCGUCCACGGAACACGAGAGGGAGCAGCAGGAGGGCGAGUCUAGAUGCAGGCAGCCACAGACGGCUCUCCAGGACGCAGGCGAGCGCGGCCAGGCCUCCCGAUGUCAGCGUCCUGAACACUCUGAACCACGGUCAGAUCCAGAGCUCAACAGCUCCUAGUGCGCCUCUAAAGCCUGGCCGACUCUCCGCUGUCUCCAAACUGCGGUCUGGAAGCACUCGGAGAAGCCUGUCAAAGGGUGAAAGAAAGAUGAACGGCGAAGCUCCUCCAACAAUCACCAUGGCUCUCAUCAACCCGCAGGCUCCUCCACCCCAAGCAGAGAGCAAACAGUCCCCCAUUCAGCAACUUUCUAUCAGUGUGUGUGCUGCCCUGUAUUCAUACACUCCCCAUCGCGCUGAGGAGCUGGAACUGAGCAAAGGCGAGAUGGUAGGGGUUUACGGGAAGUUUAAGGAGGGCUGGUUACGUGGUCUGUCCCUCAAAACUGGCAAAGUGGGCAUCCUGCCUGCCAACUAUGUCACACCUGUGCUUAGAACCUCUGCAAUGUUUCUUGAGCAGCAAAAGCUUGCUGUUCCUAGUGCAGCCAUAGCGUCAGCAAAGAGAUACACACCCCAGAAUCCCCAGGCAGCAUCGAUGCCUCUGGAUAAAGUAAAGGUUGAAGUCGCUGCUCCAGUCGGUGCCAUGCCCCCACAGGCAGCUGUACCAUCUGGCAGUGCAGCGAGAUCUCCUCAGGCAGGAGGAAAGCAGGGCUGGGACACGGUCAGACGAGCCUUCCAGACUUCACACAGAGGCUCACUCCGCCAUAACAGCUACCAUCCCCAAAAUCCAGGACCAAGCCUUCAUCCUCCACCUCAGGAUUUGGGACAGAUCUAUGGCUUUGGCCGCUCUCCCGUCCUUCCCAGGAAGAGAAAUGGCUUGUUUACAAAUCCCAUCAGGUCACAGCACUGGACUUAUGAAGGAACAACACCCCCUGGUGGUGGAUACCAGACAACGGAUACCAGAUAUAUGGCUCCGAAGGAGACUUCCACAGCUCCUCAGUCUAUUCUGAUAAAACCAGAUAGUCACAGGCACAACACAGAAAAGCCUGUGAAGUCAGUGAGGUUCUUGACUGAAGAAGUCCCCCAAACCACAACAAGGUUAGCGUCCGUGUCGUCUGGAGCGCAGGUCAUGGGUAACACUCAGAGUGGUCCUGCAGCUCUGGAGCACUGGAACCCGUCAGCCAUCAUAGGUCGGGAUGGAAGUAUCUCAGUCCUUAAAGACAUAAAGACAAUCAUGCAAAGAAAAGGUCCUGGUCAGAAUAAUGCCAGUGGGGAUGGUCUGCCUUUAAGUACAAAGCUGUACACAGUCAACAGCCAGUCCAGUCCCAUCAGACACAGGGUGUUGAUGGGAUAUAAUGCAAAGACUGAUGCGGAGCUGAACCUGCUGGAGGGAGAGCUGGUCCUGGUCCAAAAGCCUCGGCCAGACGGGAGGGUUCUGGUGAAACAGGAGAGCACUGGUGUGACUGGCCUCUUCCAAAGCAGUAUUCUGGACAUAUUGGACAAAGUUGCCUGAGUGUGUGUGUGUGUGUGUGUUUUCACAAUCUGCUAUCAAAUAGAACACCCUCAUUGUUGCUUUUGGAUCCAUGCAGAACAGGUCACCUGCGUAAGAAAAGCAAUAUAAUAUGCUCUUUAUCUAAUUGAGUGUGUUUCAGUGUACGGCAUGCCUCAUCUCACCACAAACACACAUCCCAGAUCCUCCUCAAAUUCACUGUGUCAUUUGUCACUUCUGAGACAUACCACUGCCUUUAUCUGGGGUUAUGAAGGUCACAUGCACAUUGGGGUAGAGGUUUUUUUUUUUUUUAUACAUUGAUAUGAACAAGGGCUCCUGAAGGGCCAGAGCACAGCACAGAGUUUAGUAUCCUUAUACCUGAUUGAUCUCAUCAGUUAAUUACCAAGGCAUGAACUGGGUGUGUUUGUUAAAAGGAAAACACACAUCUCUAUAAGGUGGUGGUCAUUGAAGGUUUGAGUUUGACACAGCUGAGCUGUGUCUCAGAUCAUGUACCUGACCUUGUAUUUAAAGUAUAUACUAUGUACUAGUCUGUAAGACUUAAGUUGGUUUGUACAUGAAAGAUUUGCACUUAUUAAAAAUGCACUAAGUGGUACUGCGAUUAGUUGCUAUCUGAUAAUUGCUAUCUAACUGUCAUUUGUGUUUGUACAGCUCACUAACAAUUACAGUUUUGAAAUGAGGACAGAAACCUGCUGUCCUGCUGUCAUUGGUAGCCAUUUUGAUGCUAUCCACUAUCUGGUCCUCUCUUUGUGUCUUAUGGUGAAUGAUUGGACAGGUUAGUGCAAAAAUGUUCAUUGAUGCACAUAUAAUUUAUUCAGCAAAUAUUGUCCAUCACCCAGUUGUUUUUACAGCACUUCAUUUAUUCGUUUUUCUCUGUGGGAACACACUACACUGUUAAUAAUUAUCAUUAACAAUUCAAAAAAGGAUGGUGGGUUAAAAUUGUUGGUGGGGUAUAGGGGACAUCCACAGCUCUUUUUUUUUUUUUUUUUGUGGCUACAUACUGUUUGCUUUGCCUUUUCUAAAGCUAUGGCACACAGCACCAUUAAUUUCUGCAGCUGAAUUACGAAAAUGUAUUUCUAUCCGUCUCAGACACUUUUUUAACUCCUUAAACCCAUUGGUUUUGAAAUGAAGAGCCUUGUGAUGACAGAGAUUUUUUUUUUAGAUGUACAACCCCAAAUCAGGAAAAGUUGGGACAGUAUGGAAAACACAAAUAAAAAAAGAAAGUAGUGAUUUCUAAAUUUACUUUGACUUGUAUUUCAUUGCAGACAAUAUGAACACAAAAUAUUUCAUGUUUUGUCUGGUCAACUUAAUUUCAUUUGUAAAUAUACAUCCUUUCCUGUCAUUCAGACCUGCAACACAUUCCAAAAAAGGUUGGGACAGGAACAAUUUAGGGCCUAGUAAUCAGGUAAUUUGGUUAAAUAAUGAUGUGAUUUGAAACAGGUGAUGUCAACAGGUGAUUGUAAUUAUGAUUUGGUACAAAAGCAGCAUCCAAGAAAGGUCUAGUCCUUUAGGAGCAAAGAUGGGCCGAGGAUCGCCAGUUUGCCAACAAAUACGUGAGAAAAUUAUUGAAAUGUUUAAAAACAAUGUUCCUCAAAGAAAGAUAGGAAGACAUUUGCUUAUUUCACCUUCAACAGUGCAUAACAUAAUUAAAAGAUUCAAGGAAUGUGGAGGAAUUUCAGUGCGUAAAGGACAAGGGCGCAAGCCUAAGCUGAACAACCGUGCUCUCCGAUCCCUCAGGCGGCACUGCAUCAAGAAGCGUCAUUCAUCUAUAAGCAAUAUCACCACAUGGGCUCAGGACUACUUUGGCAAACCUUUGUCAAGUACCACAAUACGUAGUUACAUCCACAAAUGCCAGUUAAAACUGUACGGUGCCAAAAGGAAGCCCUAUGUUAACAGUGUCCAGAAGCGCCGUCGACUUCUCUGGGCUCGGAGGCAUCUGGGAUGGACCAUAACACAGUGGAAACAUGUACUGUGGUCAGAUGAAUCAGUAUUUCAGGUAUUUUUUGGGAGAAAUGGACGCCGUGUGCUCCGGACCAAAGAAGAAAAGGAUCAUCCAGACUGUUACCAGCAACAAGUCCAAAAGCCAGGGUCUGUCGUGGUAUGGGGUUGUGUCAGUGCCCUUGGUAAAGGUAACUUGCACUUCUGUGAUGGCACCAUUAAUGCUGAAAAGUACAUAGAGAUUUUGGAGCACAAUAUGCUGCCUUCAAGAAGACAUCUUUUCCAGGGACGUCCAUGCAUAUUUCAACAAGAUAAUGCAAAACCACAUUCUGCACACAUUACAAAGUCCUGGCUGCGGAGGAAGAGGAUACAGGUACUUGACUGGCCUGCCUGCAGUCCCGACCUGUCUCCAAUAGAGAAUGUGUGGCGCAUUUUGAAGUGCAAAAUGCGACAACGAAGACCCUGUACUGUUGCCCACCUUAAGACUUGUUUGCAGCAAGAAUGGGACAAAAUUACACCUGAAACACUUCUUCACUUGGUGUCUUCAGUCCCUAAACGUCUUUUAAGUGUUGUGAAAAGGAAUGGCAACAUUACAAAGUGGUAAAUGCUUUACUGUUCCAACUUUUUUUGAAAUGUGUUGCAAGAACCAAAAUAGGAAUUUUGUUUUUUUUUUGAAGAAAAAACAAUAAAAAUCAUGAGGAACACAUUAAAUAAUGUGCUGUUGUAUUGUCUGCAAUGAAAUACAAGUCAAAGUAAAUUUAGAAAUCACUACUUUAUUUUUUUAUUUGUGUUUUCCAUACUGUCCCAACUUUUUCUGAUUUGGGGUUGUAACUGGUUCGUAGUUAAGAUUUAACACCUAAACUCCCAAGAGCUGUUGGCAAAUCCAGACUUGCACACUAAAACCUUUCCUAUGGAUUGGAUUGGAAACAGCCCAAUCUGGCAACCUGGACUUCAAUAUAACCAUGCACUUUACAUUCUAUCUUUACUGCUUUGAUAUUAAGUAAAUGCAAAAGGGAUCUGUUGCUAAUUUUAUUGUUUUAUUUAAACCAGGGGAAUGGUAUCCCUCAAAUCCUUCUUCAGACUGAGACUUGAGUACAUAUGUGUAUGAUUUGAGACACAGCUCUGGACGAUGGAUUGUCUCAGAGCACAAGAUCCUGUUGUUUAAAUGCAGUAAAUGUGAGAUACUUUUGUCAAUAUAACACUGCAAAACCUGUGAAACAGGCACAAUUUAAUCGACAACAACCCAUGCUAGUUUAUUUUUGUAGUACAGAAAUAAAUGAUCUAUGAUAAAACA